AUGCCCAUGCAGUUAAUUAUUUGUGCAACCAUCAAAAUUCUAAUUGUUGUCUUGACAAUAGUAGUGCUGAUUCUACUCGACCCGGAAUAUGCAGUAGCGUAUAUUUCCGUAAACUAUGAAAUUGUCCUCAUUUAUAUCAUUUCAUCACUUACUCUGCUUCACUGUACCGUUUCCAUUAUUAUGUAUGUUAUUGCACAUCAUCAAAAAAUGGGCGAAAGAAGAGUGAUAUCCCUUACAAACUGCUCUAUCACUGAAGUGGUAUUCGCCGGUGCGGGAAUGAUUGCAUGGAUUCUGGUAUGCGGUAUCGGUGGGACUAUUUCUCAACGAACUAUCAUUGAAACUGGAGAACGUUUCGGAUGGAUUGCUGCAUGUGCUGGUGUCAUUGUAUCGCUGUAUCUGGCAAUAAUGGCACUUUUUUGUCUGAACCUUAUAACGGAAAAAGUGUUCAGUCCGGAACGGAAUAAUAAAUAUAUUAGGGCACAUUAUCCUCGUGAUUCGAGGAUAUAA